AUGUCUGAAAGCGGUGAAUCUUCAUCUUUUCAAGUUCAAGGAGGUUAUGCAUAUUCUGAUCAACAACAACAACCCUUUGCUUACCAAUAUUACCAGUUUAACAGCGCACCAAAUCAAUACAACGCCAAUCAUUUCGGUAACACUCAAUCUUCGACAGAAACGUCAGCAGAAAAGUUAGAUGAAAGGGCACGAAAAUGGCAACAGAUGCAAUCAAAACGUUAUGGGGAGAAGAGGAAGUUUGGAUUCAUUGAACACGAGAAGGCAGACAUGCCACCAGAACACAUUAGAAAAAUUAUUAAAGAUCAUGGGGAUAUGUCCAGCAAAAAGUAUCGACACGACAAGAGAAUAUAUCUUGGUGCUUUGAAAUAUGUUCCACAUGCAGUAUUAAAAUUGCUGGAGAAUAUGCCAAUGCCUUGGGAGCAGGUUCGCGAAGUACCUGUUCUAUACCAUAUAACGGGUGCAAUAACAUUCGUUAAUGAAAUUCCUUGGGUUAUUGAGCCAGUAUAUAUAGCACAAUGGGGUACUAUGUGGAUAAUGAUGCGUCGGGAAAAACGAGAUAGGCGACAUUUCAAGCGUAUGCGUUUUCCUCCUUUUGACGAUGAGGAGCCUCCGUUGGAUUAUGGUGAUAACAUUUUAGAUGUCGAGCCAUUAGAAGCAAUUCAAAUGGAAUUAGAAGAAGACGAGGACGGUCCCGUUUACGAGUGGUUUUAUGAUCAUCGUCCUUUACUGGAUACAAAAUAUGUUAAUGGGCCAACGUACCGACGUUGGAAAUUAGAUUUGCCAAUUAUGUCUGUUCUAUAUCGGCUGGCACAUCAAUUACUUUCAGAUCUCACUGAUCAAAAUUAUUUCUACUUAUUUGAUAUUAAAUCUUUUUUUACCGCCAAGGCCCUUAAUGUUGCAAUUCCUGGUGGCCCAAAAUUCGAACCAUUAUAUAGAGAUAUGGAUACAGCUGAUGAUGACUGGAAUGAAUUUAAUGACAUAAACAAGAUUAUUAUUCGUCAACCCAUUCGAACGGAAUAUAAGAUUGCGUUUCCAUUUCUUUACAACUCUCUCCCACGGUCGGUUCAUGUAUCAUGGUACCAUGAGCCAACGGUUGUUUACAUUCGCGCCGAAGACCCAGACUUACCUGCAUUUUAUUUCGAUCCUAUCAUCAAUCCGAUUUCAUCGCGCAAUAUAAAUCUUCAGAAUUCAAUUUCACAUGAAGAUCAAAUAUUUGGGGACGGAGAAGUUGAUGAAGAGUUUACACUUCCAGAAAAGGUUAAUCCAUUUUUGGAAGACGUACCACUCUAUACGGAAACCACGGCUGAUGGAAUUGCACUUUGGUGGGCGCCUCAUCCUUUUAACAAGCGCAGUGGACGAAUGCGUCGUGCAGAAGAUAUACCUUUAGUGAAAAAUUGGUAUCUUGAGCAUUGCCCCCCAGGGCAGCCAGUAAAAGUCCGAGUGUCCUAUCAAAAACUCAUUAAGUGCUAUGUUCUGAAUGCUUUGAAACAUCGACCACCAAAGGCAUUGAAUAAGAAAUACUUGUUCCGUCAGCUUAAAUCUACAAAGUUUUUCCAAACAACAGAGUUGGACUGGGUUGAAGCAGGAUUGCAAGUUUGCCGUCAAGGCUAUAACAUGCUCAACCUUCUGAUUCAUCGAAAGAAUCUCAAUUACCUACAUUUGGAUUAUAACUUCAACUUAAAACCUGUUAAAACCCUUACUACUAAGGAACGUAAAAAAUCACGAUUCGGAAAUGCAUUCCAUUUGUGUCGUGAAAUUUUACGCUUGACAAAAUUGGUGGUUGAUUCGCACGUGCAAUAUCGAUUAGGAAACGUCGACGCGUUUCAAUUGGCUGACGGUCUCCAGUAUAUUUUUUCGCAUGUCGGGCAAUUAACUGGAAUGUAUCGAUACAAAUAUCGACUUAUGAGGCAGAUACGACUUUGUUUUUCUGCCGAUCAGAAGAUAAUGAUGAGUGACGGCACCUUUAAAAAAGCAAAGGACAUUACUAUUGGAGACAAAGUCAUGGGCGAUGAUAAUCAAUCACGUAAAGUUAUCUCGCUUUCAAGAGGUCAUGGUGCAAUGUAUCGCGUUUAUUGUGAUUAUGGAAAUACUAGCAAUAAUUUAUUGAACGAUGAGUUUGUCUGCAAUGGUCCUCAUCUUCUUGUACUCAGGGCGAAGCUGCACCCCUGGAAAGAAAUCAAACAAAAUAUGCGCUCAUAUUUUGUAUAUCACAUGAAAAUUGAUUCCUAUGAUACAGAGCUUGGUAUAAAAAUUCCGACUAUGGCUACCACCAAAUUCUCUUGGAAUAUUAACGUCUACAAUUCUCACGAAGAAGCGUACAAUAAGGCAAAGGAGUUUUUACAAGAUUUGGAAAGCAAAGGAUACGAAGGAUGUAUAUGUUCUCACCCGAAUGCUAAACGAUGGUCAAUCCAACUUUCACGAAAACCACCAAACGCAAAAAAUUUAGAACAAGAUUCGUUAAGUUUUUACUGGGAACGACCGGUGAGGAAAGAAAAAAAUUGCACCCAGGAAGAGGCUGAAAUGGAAGCUUCCAAAUUUGCAGAUGAACAGCUUGAGAUCAUUAAAAAUUAUAUUUGGGAAGUUUCUGUUGAGAAUUUCCUUCGAUAUCAAGAAAGGUAUCCUAACACAGCUCGCUGCAUGAGAAUGUACCGAUGUUCUAUACCAAUAUUUCCUGAUUCCAGUGAUCUCGAAAUAAAAUCUCUUAUUGAUGAGACUUGUGAUGAAUUUGGCCUUGGUGAAAAAAUUUCCGAAAGCGAAUUUGCUUGGUUGCUUGGAGCAUGGCUUGGAAGCGGCCUUUCAAAUGCACCAAUAUUUUCCGCUCACACUGAGAAUUCACAUGGAAUGAUUACUAAAAUACGAGAAAUUUCCAGAAAAUUACUACUCAAACCUGUCAUGUAUUCUGUCGGAAAAUCAUGUAAGAUAUUGCUCUCGGCAAAUACUGAUCAUGACACAACUCGAUAUAAUGCGUUUGGGGAUCUUAUCGUGAAUGAGGACGAGUGGAUCUUAGAGUUAAGCAAUAACGACCGAAAUAUCUUUAGUUUCAUGUUAAAUCGGUUGGGUAUAUAUAACGAAAGGAAUUUAUUUAAUGACAACCUAAUCGGGAAGUUGACCAACCAAUCAGAAGAGUUUCGCCUUAAUCUUCUGGCUGGUCUUGUCGAUACGGACGGAAGUAUAUACAAUUACAAACCCGAUCGCUGUUGCUAUAAGUUUUCACAAAACUUGGAUGCACAUAUUACUUUACUCUGUCGUAACGUUGCACGCUCUUUGGGAAUAAAGGUUGUCUUGCGCGCAUAUGAAGAAGAGGGGUUGUUUGACAACGGAGUUAGAGUCACGAAGUCUUUUUAUGUGUGUAUAAGUGGACCAAAGGUGAAGGAGAUACCUAUCACAAUAGAUCAUAAACGGAUUCCUGAGAACAUUAGUUUCAAAGAUUUGGAUGGAAAAUUCAAAUUCAAAAUAGAACGUCUUCAAGAAGAUAAUUAUUACGGAUUUGCGGUUUCCGGGAAUAAUGAAAGAAUUUUGUUAGAUGAUUUUACAGUUUCACACAAUUGUAAGGAUCUCAAACAUCUUAUAUACUAUCGAUUUAACACUGGUCCCGUCGGAAAAGGUCCUGGCUGUGGAUUUUGGGCGCCGGGAUGGCGCGUUUGGCUCUUUUUCAUGAGAGGAAUUGUUCCCCUCUUAGAAAGAUGGCUUGGGAACUUGUUAGCUCGGCAUUUUGAAGGUCGUCAUUCUAAAGGGAUCGCAAAAACAGUAACCAAACAGCGUGUCGAAUCACAUUAUGAUCUUGAAUUACGCGCAGCGGUAAUGCAUGAUAUAUUGGAUAUGAUGCCGGAAGGUAUAAAAGCAAAUAAAUCAAAGACAAUAUUGCAACAUCUGAGUGAAGCAUGGAGAUGUUGGAAGGCAAAUGUUCCAUGGCAUAUAAUGGGAAUGCCGAAACCUAUAGAGAAUAUGAUUUUGAGAUAUGUCAAGAGCAAGGCUGAUUGGUGGACCAGUGUGGCACAUUAUAAUCGAGAAAGAAUCCGAAGAGGUGCCACAGUCGACAAGACGGUUUGUAAGAAAAAUCUUGGACGUUUGACUCGUUUAUGGUUAAAGGCGGAACAAGAACGUCAGCAUAAUUAUCUAAAAGAUGGACCAUAUAUUACUGCAGAGGAAGCUGUUGCCAUUUACACAUCUACUGUACAUUGGCUUGAGAGUCGUAAAUUCUCACCCAUUCCUUUCCCACCACUUUCUUAUAAGCAUGACACGAAAUUGCUGAUAUUGGCACUUGAAAGAUUAAAAGAAGCGUAUAGUGUUAAAGGACGUCUUAAUCAGAGUCAACGAGAAGAAUUGGGUCUGAUUGAACAAGCUUAUGACAAUCCCCACGAAGCUCUAAGUCGUAUAAAACGUCUUCUUUUAACCCAACGCGCAUUCAAAGAAGUUGGAAUAGAGUUCAUGGAUCUAUAUAGUCACUUGAUUCCAGUAUUUGAUGUCGAACCUCUUGAAAAAAUCACUGAUGCCUAUCUUGAUCAGUACCUUUGGUACGAAGGGACAAAAAGAAAUUUGUUCCCUGCAUGGAUUAAACCCUCUGACACCGAACCUCCACCACUUCUCGUUUAUAAAUUCUGCCAGGGUAUUAAUAAUUUAACAGAUGUCUGGGAAACAUCUGAAGGCGAAAUUAAUGUCAUGUUGGAGACCCAAUUCAGCAAGGUUUAUGAAAAAAUUGAUUUGACUUUGUUGAACAGGUUAUUACGGUUAAUUUUGGAUCAUAAUCUCGCAGAUUACAUGACGGCAAAAAACAACGUAGUCCUUAACUACAAGGAUAUGAAUCACGUGAAUGCAUAUGGUCUUAUUCGUGGUUUGCAAUUCGCUAGUUUUAUAUUCCAAUAUUACGGUCUCAUCCUUGAUCUCCUUCUGUUGGGUCUUCAACGAGCGUCGGAAAUGGCGGGUCCUCCUCAAAUGCCUAAUGAAUUUUUACAAUAUCGUGAUGUUGCUACAGAAACAAGACAUCCGAUCAGAUUAUAUUGCAGAUACAUUGACAAAAUUCAUAUAUUUUUCCGUUUCAACGCCGAGGAGGCCCGAGAUCUUAUACAACGUUAUCUUACAGAACAUCCUGAUCCAAACUCGGAAAAUAUAGUUGGAUAUAACAACAAAAAAUGCUGGCCACGAGAUUGUCGCAUGAGAUUAUUCAAGAGUGAUGUUAAUGCUGGAAGAGCUGUGUUCUGGGAUAUAAAGAAUAGAUUACCACGUUCACUUACCACAAUUGAAUGGGAAGAUACAUUCUGUAGCGUGUAUUCGAAAGACAACCCGAAUGUUCUAUUCUCCAUGUGUGGAUUUGAGGUUAGAAUUCUUCCAAAAAUCAGAAACUUAAACGAGGAAUUCACGCUUAAAGACGGAGUUUGGAAUUUGAUCAAUGAACAAACAAAAGAAAGGACAGCACAAGCCUUCCUUCGGGUAGAUGAAGAAUCCAUGAACAAAUUCCAUAAUCGUGUUAGACAAAUUUUAAUGGCCAGUGGAAGCACUACUUUCAGCAAAAUUAGUAAUAAAUGGAACACUUGUUUAAUUGGAUUGAUGUCUUAUUUCAGAGAGGCAGUCGUCCAUACCCGUGAAUUGUUGGACAUUAUCGUAAAAGCAGAAAAUAAAAUCCAAACUAGAAUCAAGAUCGGAUUAAAUUCCAAGAUGCCUUCCCGAUUUCCUCCCGUGGUAUUUUAUUGUCCAAAGGAGAUUGGCGGUUUGGGAAUGCUUUCGAUGGGACACGUUCUCAUUCCUCAAAGUGAUCUCAGAUGGAGCACUCAAACUGAGACAGGUAUAACUCAUUUCCGAUCGGGAAUGAGUCAUGAAGAAGAUCAACUGAUACCUAACCUCUUUAGAUAUCUUCAACCAUGGGAAUCAGAAUUCAUUGAUUCUCAACGUGUUUGGGCCGAAUAUGCCCUGAAAAGACAGGAAGCUAACGCUCAAAACCGGCGACUGACACUCGAGGAUUUAGAAGACUCAUGGGACAGAGGUUUACCACGAAUCAACACGUUGUUCUCAAAGGAUCGUCAUACUCUAGCUUAUGAUAAAGGCUGGCGUGUCAGAACUGAAUUUAAGAGCUAUCAGAUAUUGAAAAAUAAUCCGUUUUGGUGGACACAUUCUAGACACGAUGGUAAACUAUGGUGUCUGAAUAAUUAUCGAUCCGACAUGAUUCAAGCGUUAGGAGGAGUUGAAGGUAUUUUGGAACAUACCCUUUUCAAAGGAACCUACUUUUCUACGUGGGAAGGUCUCUUCUGGGAAAAAGCUUCUGGCUUUGAAGAAAGUAUGCGGUACAAGAAACUGACAAAUGCGCAACGUUCCGGUCUUAAUCAGAUUCCCAAUCGUCGAUUUACAUUGUGGUGGUCUCCCACGAUUAAUCGAGCCAAUGUAUAUGUGGGUUUCCAAGUCCAAUUAGAUCUUACAGGAAUAUUUAUGCACGGCAAAAUUCCGACCUUAAAGAUUUCACUGAUCCAAAUAUUCCGAGCCCAUUUAUGGCAAAAGAUUCACGAGAGUGUUAUCAUGGAUCUAUGUCAAGUGUUUGAUUCUGAACUUGAAAGCUUACAAAUUGAGACGGUGCAAAAAGAAUCUAUUCAUCCUAGGAAAUCAUACAAAAUGAACUCUUCAUGCGCUGAUAUUUUGCUGUUCGCCUCUUACAAAUGGAAUGUCUCGAAACCUUCACUCUUGAAUGAUAACAAAGAUGUAAUGGACGGAACAACAACGUCGCGAUGGUUUGUCGAUUGUCAAUUAAGAUGGGGUGAUUUUGACUCUCAUGAUAUAGAAAGAUAUACUAGAGCCAAAUUCUUGGAUUAUUCCACCGACAACAUGAGUAUUUACCCAUCACCAUUUGGUAUCAUGAUCGGUAUUGACCUCGCGUAUAAUUUGCACAGCGCAUAUGGUCACUGGAUUCCUGGCAUGAAACCAUUGAUUCAAUCGGCGAUGGCGAAAAUCAUGAAAGCCAAUCCAGCUCUAUACGUUUUGCGCGAACGUAUACGAAAAGGGUUACAAUUGUACAGUUCCGAACCCACUGAACCUUAUUUAUCGUCACAAAACUAUUCUGAACUAUUCUCUAAUCAAAUUAUUUGGUUCGUGGAUGACACAAAUGUCUAUCGUGUCACUAUUCAUAAAACUUUUGAAGGCAAUUUGACAACAAAACCUAUCAAUGGUGCCAUUUUCAUCUUUAAUCCAAGAACAGGUCAGCUGUUCUUGAAAAUUAUUCACACUUCCGUGUGGGCUGGUCAGAAACGUUUAGGACAAUUAGCCAAAUGGAAAACCGCGGAAGAAGUGGCUGCUCUGAUUCGUUCAUUGCCAAUUGAAGAACAACCCAAACAAAUUAUUGUAACCAGAAAAGGAAUGUUGGAUCCUCUAGAAGUACAUUUGCUUGAUUUCCCUAACAUUGUUAUCAAAGGUAGUGAAUUGCAAUUGCCAUUCCAAGCCUGUUUGAAAUUAGAGAAGUUUGGUGAUUUAAUCCUUAGGGCAACGGAACCUCAAAUGACGCUAUUCAAUUUAUUUGAUGACUGGCUGAAGACAAUAUCGUCGUACACCGCUUUUUCACGUCUGAUACUUAUUCUGCGUGCUCUACAUGUAAAUACGGACAAGACAAAGAUGAUUUUGAGACCAGAUAAGACAACCAUAACUGAACCGCAUCACAUUUGGCCAACAUUGACUGAUGAAGAAUGGAUUAAAGUAGAAGUUGCACUCAAAGAUUUAAUAUUGGCUGAUUAUGGUAAAAAGAACAAUGUCAAUGUCGCUUCACUUACCCAAUCGGAAAUUCGAGACAUCAUUCUUGGUAUGGAAAUCUCUGCACCAUCUCUUCAACGUCAACAAAUUGCGGAGAUUGAGAAGCAAACUAAGGAACAAAGUCAACUUACUGCUGUAACAACUAAAACUCAAAACGUGCACGGUGACGAAAUGUUGGUCGUGACCACAAGCAAUUAUGAGACCACGACUUUUGCGUCAAAAACCGAAUGGCGUGUACGAGCAAUAUCUUCAACGAACUUGCACCUUCGUACAAAUCACAUAUAUGUUAAUGCUGAAGACAUUAGAGAUACUGGAUAUACCUAUGUUCUUCCAAAGAAUCUAUUGAAACGAUUUAUUCAAAUUGCUGACUUAAGAACUCAAAUUGCUGCAUACAUAUACGGUGUUUCUCCUCGCGAUAAUGCCCAAGUCAAGGAAAUCAGGGCCUUGGUCAUGGUUCCUCAAUAUGGCACGCAUCAAACUGUUCAUUUACCAAACAUGUUGCCAGACCAUGAACAUCUUAGAGAUUAUGAACCGCUCGGACUUAUUGUUACACAACCGUUCGAGACCGCACAACUUUCACCCUCUAUAUUGUCUCUUCACGCCAAAAUUGUAGCCGAAAAUAAAAAUUGGGAUGGAGAUAAGACAGUCACAAUGACAGUGAGCUUCACUCCGGGAUCGUGUUCUCUUACCGCAUACAAACUCAAUCCCUCCGGAUUCGAGUGGGCGCGCAACAAUAAGGACACAUCGGUCAAUCCACCAGGUUACCUUCCCACGUUUGCCGACAAAGUUCAAAUGCUAUUGUCUGACCGAUUUAUGGGAUUUUUCAUGGUUCCUGAAAAUGAUAUUUGGAAUUACUCGUUUAUGGGUCCUUCUCAUAGUGCUAAUAUGCGUUAUAACAUAAAAUUGGACGUCCCUAAAGAAUUCUACCAUGAAUUGCAUAGGCCUCAGCAUUUCCUUAACUUUUCUGCAAUGGAAGAAGAAGUCGAAGCUGAUCGCGAAGAUGCAUUUGCUUAA